AUGAUCCAAGCUUAUCCACAAAAAGCAAAUGAUCCAAAUGAUCCACAAAAAGCAAAUGAUCCAAAUGAUCCACAAAAAGCAAAUGAUCCACAAAAAGCAAAUGAUGUAAAUGAUCCACAAAAAGCAAAUGAUCCGAAUGAUCCACAAAAAUUUCUUGAGUGGAAACUAGCCUUAAGAAAGAAGCAUAU